AUUAGCGAUAAAACUGAUGGUAACUGGGGAGUGGCAAGAAAAAAGAAGAAUAACAUCUAUACCAACAAAUAACCUGACAAUUCCAUUAAAUAAAUAAUAUUUAUUUACAUACACACAGGAAUUUUAAAUUUAUUUGUCGGAAUUAUUUAUUUUGCCAGUUAUUGUAACUUUGAAAUGGAACCGCCAGGAAUGGAUAGUGGUCUAGAAUUUCCAAAAAAUCCUUUGCUGUGUCCUAUAUGCCAUGAUUAUUUUACAGAACCUUGUAUUCUUAGUUGUUAUCAUACAUUUUGUGCUAGGUGCUUGAGAGGGAAAGAACAAGAUAGACGCCUAAUUUGUCCAUUCUGCAGACAAGCAACGAUGCUGAAAGACGGAUCAACACUGCCCCCGCCGGAUUUAUUAAUGCGACAAUUGAUUGAUAUUGCUAAUAGUGAAAACCCACCUUGUUCAAAUUGUGACAAACGUGAUCGAUCAAAUAUGUAUUAUUGCAACACUUGUGGGCAAGCUUUAUGUCUUCACUGCCGAGAAAAUACUCAUAGAGCUAAAAUGUUUUCUACUCAUGACGUUGUACACAUGAGUAAAUGUACAAAGGAAGCUAAAAAGUGUCCUCAACACGGUGAACAUUAUAUAAUGUUUUCUCCAUUACAAAACACGAUGUUGUGCGUUAAUUGUUUCCGUGAUUUGCCCAACGAAAUUCGUACUCAAUGCGUUGAUAUCGAUACUGCCCAUACUCAAGCAGCGAAACGUCUAGAGAGAGGUCAGAACGCUAUUAUGGAUCUACAAACUUCUGUUCGAGACGGUAUAAUCGCUCUUAAAGGUUUAAUGGACGAGUUGCGAAGGAAUAUGGAUAGUGAAAAACAUACCAUAAACACUUUUUGUCACGGUAUGCAAGAAGCCAUGGCUAAAACUCACGCUACGAUGAUAAUGGAAGUACAAAGACAGUAUGAGAGCAAAGAAAGGAUUUAUAGAAGUCAACUUGUAGUGUUAGGUACUGUGAUGCCGGUUCUUCAGUUACAUUUAGUUUUGUGUACGACUUUUACGGCGGCUGCGAAUAAAUAUCAAUUUUUGGAAUUGUGUCCAUCGCUUAUCGAAAGACUAUCUGCUGUAGGAAACUUGAGCCAACCGGUUAGGUCUCUGCAGUCUUCUCAGAUAAAAACUAAUUAUAGAAGUGAGUUUGCGCAAAGUCUAGAGCCCUGGAUAGGUCAAGCAGCGGUUAGUCAACAUCAAUCUGAAUUAGCUGCUACUUCGAGAAUGUACGACAGCGUCCCGCCGGCUACUAAAAAACAACAAACAGCCCUAAAAAAUAAACUUUUGGAAGGCGACAGCUCGUUUUCGACACAUUGUCGUUCGUUCGAGUCCCAAAUACGCGACCUCAAUCAACAAUUCAAUACGAUCAAAGAAAAAGUCGGCGAAUUGCACAAGGACAUUAGCGCUUUGAGGAAAGCGCAGACGCCGCCGCUAACAGCUCGCUACGAAAUGCUCAUCAGGGAAUGUUUGCAUCUCGACCAAAGUUUAGAAAGGCAGCAGAAGGAGCUCGACAGGAUGUCCUCGACGUUCGACGCUUCCUGGGAGGAGCAACUGUGGAGAUUGAGAAUCGAACAGGAAGUUUUUAGCUGUCAAAGGGCGGAUGUAAAUGCGCUGAGGAACGAAUUGAAACACCUAAGUCAGGUGGCGGCCCAAUUGGAACCUUUCAUUAGGAGUUUGGUGAAUCAACAGCCUAGUCAGGGCGAACAAAGUCAGGGUGGUACUUCGGACGAACAAGCACAACAUCUGGCGUCCCUUCUCGAACACAUCGGUAUUUUACAACAAUCCGAUGCAUCUUUAGGUAAAAUUCCACGUUCACGUAGUAGAGUACUUGGUCAAUUACUCGAAAAAGUCCGUCCUAAUAUACAAGAAAGAGAACGUAGUAAAUCUGCUGGUCAAAGCGACAAACCGAUAACCGUUUCGCAGAAAGCUACACCGAAAAAACAGUUCUUAAUAAGUCAGCAAAUGAGCAUUGAUCGUUUAGAAGCGCAAAUAAAAGAAAAAAUUCAAGACAUCUUGAGUAGGAGGCAAAGUCAACCGUCUUCUAAAUCCGAUACAGAGACCGAUAGAAAAUUGGCCAAAGAUGAUAGAAAAAUGAGUAGCACCGACUCCAUAGGUAAAAUGAAUUCGAAGCAAAGAAUAAUGUAUAAAAAAAUAACGAAAAGCUGUGAUAAAAUUAAUACUGGCAGUAAAUCUGAUACCGAAACUAGAAAACCAAGAUCGGAACCAGGAUAUCAGAGGAUAUCUGAAGCUACAAGUAGAUCGAGUCCUAGUAGUCCGAAAUGUAAAAACAAAGGAAUUUUACCGCCUGCAAAACCCCAAAAAAAGAAGGUGUAUCCUUAUAGUGACGGUGAAGAUAACGUUUUUUACUCGAUGCACGAUUCCGCUGACUCUUUGAGCACCUCGAGCAGAAGGUCCAGUUUCGAAGGGCCGGAUAAAACUUUGGUUGUCGUUAUAAAUAGGAGGAAUAAGAAUAUGUCGAUGGCGCAGAAACAGAGGAGCUGGGAGACUUUUCCCCCUAAACGUAAACAUCACGUUUGCCAACAGAAAUUGUCUGUACCUACACCAAUGGCUCCCCUAAGGAAAGCCGAUAGUUUCGAAGGUCAUGAAGAAGCGGUUAAAAGCCUCGUGGCCGCGGUUCAGGAAACUAGACGGAAACCUAGGGGAGGUAAUUAACCGAUAGAGAAGAGGGAUUGUUAUGAGUAUACGGGAAUUUUGGUCUACGAGGUGUAUACAGAUAAUGGGAAAUGAAUGGUACCAGAAGGAAUUUCGUUUAUAUUCAUAAUUUUAAUUGGGAUUUUUUUUUGACGAAAACAGUCAUAAUAAAAAUCCAUUGUUUUGGUUGUAUGUGCUAUCAGGAAAAUUAAUUCUUCAUUUUUAAACCUUGGUAAUCGAAAAAGAGUGGUACAGGGUCUUUAUACUGAGAAAAAGUUAUUUUAUACACUAAUGCUUCUACUAUGGGUCUUUACACUAAGAAAUAUAACAGAAUUUCAUCGAUUAUUCUACUUUUUGACUUAACACUAAGAAAAAAUAAUGUUUACUUUGAGUUUUGGUCUUUGCAUCAUGAGAAAAAUGAUUUAUUUUAAUAAAUAUACAAACUUUAAAGUUUACACUGAGAAAAUAUAAUUUAAUACACUAAUGCUUCUACUUUACACUGAGAAAACUAAUGAAAUUUCAUCAAUUAGCCUACUUUUCGUCUUUACACUAAGAAAAAAUGAUAAUUACUUCAAAUUACUUAUCUGAGAUGCUUAACUUUCUCCCAUAUCAACUUCUUUUUAAAUAACGAAUGAAAUAAUUGUUCAAUAAUGGAUUUUAUAUUGUUAUUUAUAAGAAUAAUGUUUUUUGCCAAUUUGAAACUUUACGCUAACAUUUACAUUAAGAAGUUUUGUAAAUCUUUUUAUAAUUUUUUUUUUAUAAUACUUGAAUAUAAAAGUUUCUGUUACGAUUAUUUGAUCCUCACGUAUGUUUUCUUCCUUCACUGUAUAAGAUAUUAUGGCACAUAAUGAUGAAAUUAUAGCAGUCUAUAAGAUAUAAUUUAAAAUGAAAACUUGAACAGCAAUUCGAUUCAAUUAAUUAAAAAAUCGUACUUUACAACCUUCAGAAAGUAUAUAGACACCAGCCAUCAGAAAGAAGAGGUAUCGAAAGACACUAACAGAAAUUAAGAAGUUAAAACGGAGGAGAAAGAAGAGAUACCAACAGAAAGUAACAAAAAACAAUAGAACUCCAGUGUACACUAGCAAAUACCAAUAAGAAGAUGAAAUACCAACAGUAGACAAGAAGAAGAGAUACUAAUAGGCAUCGAAAGACACCGGAAAUUGAUUAAUAGCAACGGAACCUCAACAGACACAAACAGAACUUACUCUAGCAGUUACUAAUUAGCAGGAAGUAAAGAUAUCAACAGAAAGCAAUUCACUACCAUUAUACACUAGCAGUCACUACUACAAACACCAAAUAACAUGCAAAUCUACAGAAGGCAUUUAUUACAAUUUUAUUUAAAAAAAAAUGUCAUAAUUGUAUCAAGUUUUUAUAGUAAAUGGCUCUUACUACUGCUGUAUCAAAUAAUUUAUUUUUCCUAUUAUUCUGUAUAUAAAAAAUAUAUUUGUUUGUGGAUAUUUACUGUAAUCUACAUUCCCACUUUUAAAAUUUUAGGUAGCCAAUUUGUAGUCAUCAAAUAUCCAUAUUGUAUAAGAAAAUUUUAAAUAUAUUCAAUAUUGUUGUUAAAGUGCAAUUUAGAUAAAUGAUCGGUAGUUAUUGAACACAAUUUGUUUAUAAAUCGUAAUUUGUUAUAAUUAAAAUAUAUCGAUUUACAAACGUUACU